GGAGAGAGAGAGAAGAGAGAGAGAAAAGGGAGAGGAGGAGAGUGAGCGUUUGAAGUGGGUUGGGUCCGGAAAAAGGAGAGCACACACAACUUGAGAGCUUGAUCGAUUCUUUUGUUGCUUUGCGUCUCGCUGCACCACCUGCCCACACUGACGCUCCAAUUAUGGUUCUGCUAACUUCUGCACAAUGGCGGGCCAUGCUAGCUGCAGCCAGCGAGGCCGAUAAACCGCAUCUGCAAGCGCUGCUAGAUGCUGCUGUAAAGAGAGAACAGGAGGAAGAAAAAGAGAGGAAGGAGGGGCUGCUGAAAAAUUGUGAGGCCAUUUUGGAAACUGUCUCCUCACUAACUAGGGAACAGUGUUUGGAGCAACUGAAGAACAUUCUUUCUGCUUUGACUGACGUCAGAAAACUUGAGGAUCAUACCAAUCAGAUCGCUGAAGUCUUCAAACAAAUGAAGAAGCUUCAAGACGACCUGACUGAUAUGACCAGCAAGUAUCGUGACUUAACAUUGCAAAUUGCUGACAUACGACAGUCCCAAGUGAUCACCCCUCUUCCCCUACCUCCCGGGUCCAGUGCUGCGCUGCAAACUAUGUCUGCCUCUCAUACCCUUUCCUCUACUUCUUCCAAUCUGCAGGUAUCUUCUUCGGGACCUGCAGCAGGUACAGAUCCCGCUGCUGUCUCGACAAGCAGUACGGCUGGGAACUCUGUAAGUGCUGCAGCCCCAAGUACGAGACCAGCAAACGCUGACCCCAACUUCACUAGUCACUACGUGGACCGGAAGGUGGUACCGAUGCCGUCUAAGUACGACGGCAAAGAGGAUGUUGAGUCCUGGAUCAGCUCCAUGAGAGCUUAUUUCAAGGUGCUGGGGACCUCAAAGGAAACCCAGUCCGUGAUCCUAGGGAUGAACGUCGGGCCGGUCGUCAGGGGCCACUUAGAGGUCCAGGCCACACGUGAUGGGGUCUCCAAGCUGGAACUCACAAGGAAACCAGAGUCGGGCUUAGAGGCCACUGCAGCACCCUCUACAUCAGGGGAACCUGCGUCUAAUGAUCAGCAGUCAUCCCUUGAAGCCCAAACGUCCGCUGUGAUCAAGGUUGAGAGUUGUAAUGUCUUGUAUGUCGAGCCUUGGGAGGAGUCUGAGUCAAUUGACUUCCAUUACCACUUAGAGCACUGGGCUGGCAUGAAACAGCAGCGUGCUCAAGGGGCGGUGAAGUUGAUUUUCUUCAAGCUCCGCAUUAACCACCACUAUCUCCGUGUGUUGAUUGAUUGUGGCGCUACGACUAACUUCAUGUCUCCACAUGGGAUACGCAAGGUGGGCUUCGGGAUGAAGCAAGUGGCAUUGCAGAUCCCUUGUCGGACUCAAGUGGGCAACAAAGAAGUUGUCUAUUCGACGCAUGCGGUCAAAGGUGUGCGCUGCACCUUUGACAAGGACAAGACCGUCACCCACGCGUUGAACUUCUAUGUCCUUGACAAGUGUCCCUUCGACGCAGUCCUUGGCUUGGGCUGGCUGCAGUCCCAAUGCGAGUGGACCAAGUGGAAGGAGUCACUUUUCAUGGUCAAAGAUGCUCAGGGGAUCGAGCGUCCCGUCCUCUUGGAUGAGAAGCACGAACCCCAAAAGGGAGGCAAACUCUGCAUGUGCAUUGACUACCGCGGUCUAAACCGCAUCACAAGAAAGAACGCUUAUCCUUUGCCUCGCAUAGAUGAACUGCUUGAUGCUGCUGGAGGGUGCAAGGUCUUCUCCAAGAUCGACCUCAAGUCUGGUUACCACCAGAUUGAAGUCGAUCCUGCGGACCAGCACAAGACAGCGUUCAAGACGCGCGACGGGCUUUACAAAUUUACCGUAAUGCCCUUCGGCCUCACGAACGCACCAGCAACUUUCCAAUGUCUCAUGGACAAAAUCCUCCGCGAACAGAUUGGCCGCUUCGUGGUGGUCUAUCUAGACGACAUUCUGAUCUUCAGCAAGUCCAUGGAAGAGCACCGCAAACAUCUUGAGGAAGUGUUGACGAUCCUCAAGAAGUCGCAGCUCCAUCUCAACUUGGAGAAAUCCGAGUUUGGAAGGGACAGCGUCAUCUAUCUUGGGCAUCGGUCGUCUGCUGCAGGCUUAGAGCCUGAGGCGACCAAGGUUGAGGUCAUACGCAAUUGGCCUCAACCCACUAACGUGAGCGAGCUGCGUUCUUUCCUUGGUUUGGCUUCAUACUACCGUAAGUUUGUCCCUCGUUUCUCUAUCAUCGCACGUCCUUUGUCCCGAUUGACCAGCAAGAAUGUCUCUUACUCUUGGGACGACGCAUGCUCGCAGGCUUUUCAAGCACUCAAGGAAGCCCUGGUAAGUUAUCCGGUGCUCCGCAUUGCAGAUCCCAAACUGACCUUUGUUGUCACUACGGAUGCAAGCCAGUAUGGGAUUGGCGCAGUGCUGCAGCAAGAUGACGGCGAUGGCUUGCGGCCACUCAAAUUUUACAGCAAACGCAUGCCCAGCGAAAAGGUAGCCACAUCCACUUACAUGCGCGAGCUUUAUGCGUUGCGUAUGACAUUGGAUCACUGGAAACACUAUCUUUUGGGACGCCACUUCAAGGUUUUCUCAGAUCAUGAGACCUUGAAGUGGAUCAAACAGCAAUCCACUUUGUCCCCUACCUUACUGCGCUGGUUUCAUGAGAUUGAUAUCUUCGACUUCGAAUUGAAGCACAAAAAGGGUUGUUACAAUCGAGUUGCGGAUGCCUUGUCUCGCCACCCUGAGCACAUGACUUGCCUAGUGAAAUCCUACGACCUCCGGACGAAACUGAAGGAGGAGCUUGUAGAGCACACCGCCAAGGAUUCUGAGCUUAGCACCAUCCUUGAGCGGGUGCGGGCUGAUCCUAGCAGUCAGCCCGACUUCCAUGAGCAUGAGGGGUUGAUUUUGCCUAACCAUGAGCCACUCCGCACUCACUUCUUAGAUCUGGCUCAUGGGCACAGCGGACACUUCGGCGUUGCGAAGACGUAUGCAAAUCUGCUGCGACAGUUUGAUUGGCCUGGUAUGAAACGGACUGUUGAGAAAUUUGUCGCUGAAUGUCAAGUCUGUCAACGGAUCAAGCCAUGCAGGCAAAAGCCCAUGGGGCUGCUCACACCGUUGCCCAUACCGGAUGGCCCCGGAGAGUCUAUCUCCGUCAACUUCACGGAUAUGGGAAAGGUUAGUAAGCGUGGUUACUCACAAGUCAUGGUAAUUGUUGACAGGUUCUCUAAAUUUCUCAAUGUGAUUCCCUUGCCAUCUCACGCCCCCACAGACCUUGUAAUUCGUAAGUUCCAACAGAAGUACAUAUUGCAGUUCGGAGCCCCGAAAACUAUUAUUAGCGAUCGGGAUCCGCGCUUCAUUAGUGCCGAAUGGAAGGACUUCACAUCUCAACAAGGUAUCACACUGUGCAUGACAUCUGGCCGGCACCCCGAAGCUAACGGAUUGGACUCCUCCGUGCCUUGAUCAUUCCCGAUCAAGAAACAUGGGAUGAAGAGCUGUAUUCCGUUAAAGGGCUAUACAACAACUCCAUCUAUUCCGCCACCGGCAUGGCCCCCAACAGGUUGCAUUACGGCUGGCAGAUACGGAAUCCGCUCUCCUACCUGUUUCCCGAACAACCGGCUGGCUUAACGCCUGGCAGACCUGGCUUCAGGGCCAAGUACGAUCGCUUGCUCAAGAUUGCUGUUGCAGCCAUGACUAAGCAACAGCACGCCAUGAUCCAUCAUGCUAACAAAAGGCGCCUACCAUC